CGGAAGCUUCUCAAGCUCUCCUUGCUCCCACACCUCGCUCUGAGGAAUUGACAACAAGACAACAAUCUCCAUUAUUUCCUUUUCGAAGCAUCUCCUUGGAACGAUCAUGCCACUGCUACCACUGCUACAACUAUCUCUAUUGUUGUCGCUGACGACUCUCUUUCUGAGCGACGCUCAUGUGUUGCUGACCUAUCCAACACCGCGAACGAACAAUGAUUACCUGUAUACGUUUCGCGAAGGAGCGUGCAAUCCACAGACGGGUGUUGGCUGCAAUGCCUUUUGUGGGGAUGCCUAUGACUUACCAGACGCCUCUACAACCGUGCUUUCAGUCAACGAACCCGUGCCCUUGACGUGGCGGACCAAUGUGGCGCAUCCUCCCUACCAGUAUCGCUUUAGUUUGAAUCCAUCGGCCGGCGACAACAAUUUCGAUGUGCCCGAGAAUAUUGUGGUGGCUGGCGUUGACAAUCGAGUGGCUGCCGAUGCAUCGAAUGGAGGCGGAUUCACGGGAUCCUUCCAUGUCAAUGUAACCUUCCCCGAGUCCAUCCUAGAAAGUUGCAGUGCGGAUGCGGGACAUGAUCCAUGUGUCUUGCAACUCUGGGAUUUGUACUAUUUUGUCAGUUGUGCCAAUGUCUUGUUUACCAAGAAUACUCCCGUGCCCACGACAAUAACCCAAGCACCCAUCACGGUCACCCUGCCACCACUCCCCAACCGUACCGAAAAUUCGAUAUUCAUCCGAGCGGAAUCGUUUGAAAAUUAUUGGGUCACCGAAGGGUUAGAAGAGACAGACACAGCAAUGCUGGAUCCAAUACUCUAUCUGGAACCGUGCCAAGAAUACGAGUUCAUCAUUGAUGCUCCAGGGCAUCCCUUUGUCUUCAAAACCGUUCCAGAGCCGGGAUUGGACAAUCUGCUGGAUUUCAAUAAUGCAUCCCUACAUCUUAUAAGGGGGGACGUACCCACGCUCCCAGGCAUCGAGUACGGAAGCUUUACGUUUACAGCUGGGCCAAAUGCCGCUGGACUCUUGUUUUAUUAUCAAUGCGUUCCCCAUCAGGGUAUGGGAGCGGCCAUUCAAAUCCUACCAGAUAGCAAUGGUACUUUUUGCGGUGGAUGGAAUUAUUAUAACGAAACCGCACUGACGGAUUUUGGAUUCAACAACUCGGUAAUCAGCAUCACCACGACGGUGGAUAAGACAGACGAGGAAGCGCCGGAAUUCCCAAAAAGUAGUGGCGUGGCAACGACGAGUGCUGCACGGUGUGGUCUUUGUUUGGUGCUAUUGGGUUUAUUGGCUAUUCUGUAGCCAGAAGCCAAUAGUAUGCACACCGCCCAGGUCGGUUUGUCAUGGUUCGUUGCUCUUCUUCUCUUGGGCCCCUGCCUUGGUGAUUUGGUUAGAAUAUCUAUGGUUGUCUUGUGUAGCCUUGAAAUAAAUGAUCUCAUCGUUGGCCAAAGAUAUUCAUUCGAGUGGUACUAGUACCGUACUCAGUACUCAGUACUAUGCAUAGCUAGUAUUACAUGUAAUAUGCCGUCUUGCCUGGUCGGGAUGAGGAGAUGUAUUUUACAGCGCUUGCUGACAUCAAUAGUCUCUUCAGUUGCUGACAUAACGUUGAGUGAACAGGAUGCACAGGGCGGACAGCACAGGGAAGUCAAUCGCAGCUUAUGAACGCAAAGGCCACUGCUGAAAAACUAAGAGAUUGCACCUGUCAUGACGACCUAAGAAACAAGCUGUACUAGUACCAAUUGGAAACGAGCAAACACGCAGCUUUCACCCAGCCUGCAGUUCAGAUAGAGCUCUUUGGAACACUCAGUCGAAAUGGCAGGGCUUAAGGUUCUUUUCCCCACCCAACGAAUGCGAACAUGCAGGUACCAGCACGCAUGUACGCAUGUACCACUGAUUUCUCGAUCUCACUGACUUGAGAAGUCCUUGAGUGCAUGGUGG